UCACAAAGGUAACAGGUUGGAGCUGCAUUUAACGAAUUUGUCUGUCUGUCUCGAAUUAUGGAUAUGCUCUGCUCUUUCAGAAGUAUUUUCUGUCAGAUUUAAACAUUAUCUGUAUUAACACCAAGUAAAACAACAGAAGAUGACUCGAAAGUCGAAAAUAAAUUGAUGAAUUGUACUACUUUGACCAAAUAGCAGUUUCGCUAACGCUAGAUGAUACUAUGACGCAAACACUGAGGAAUUCAAUGUAGCCAGCGAACUCAGUUCAAAAGAGACCCAACUAUGAGUACUCCGUCAGGUCGGAAGAGCCCCGUGGACUACGGGGUUCAGAUCCGCUUCAUCAACGACUCAGGAGGGGGGCUCCCCUCGACCCAGCUGAGAUCCAAGCCCCCCUCCACCUCUAAGUAUGGGGUGGCUGUCAGGGUCCAGGGCAUCGCUGGACAACCCUAUGUGGUUAUGAAGGACGGGGGCCCAAAGGGAGAUUCGUAUGGGGUGCAGCUCCGUACCCACUACCCCCCGGGUUACGGCAGUCUGCCCCGCAGAAGAGACCGAGAGGAAGGAGAGGGAGAGGGGGGAGGAGGGCCGGGAGGGGCAUUACGCAGGGCACAGUCACAUGGUUCAUUACUGGAGAGUGAGGGGGGAGGAGGAUUUGGGAGACCACCAGGGGAUGGGAGGUCUGGUAGCUAUGGGAACCUGGAUGAAGGGAUUGGUGUCGCGGAAGAGAGAAUGGAAAUAGGGGUGAGGGAGGGGGGUAAGGGGAGGAAUAUAAUGUGUGGGUCAUAUCAGUCUGGGCUCAAUGGGUCACUGGGGAGGGGAGGGGGGAGUCAGUAUGCCCCUGACCUCCAUCCUUCCCAAACAGAGCAGCUGACCAUGGCACACCCCCACCCCCAGAGCCUUCCUUACCCAACACAGCCCCACCCCCAGACCCCCGUCAACAGACUGAUCAGCAGGUUUGACGGCAGCAGCAGUACCAGAGAACAACAGAGGGGGCGCUCUCCUGUAGCAGAGGACCCUAGAAACACCAUCUCCUCUUCCCUCGCCCCCAACCCCUACUCCUCCCCUCCCUCCUCCACUCACAGCAGCCUGGGGCGGGGCCAAGGCACCGUCAGCAAGGCAACACCCCACCCAGCCAGUCAGUGGGCUCCGCCGGGGAGGUUUGUCGCUGUGGAGACGCCGUCAGCCAAUCGGACAUACCCGCUGGUGACCCCUGACCUGCUUCAGAGUUCAGAGGUCACCAGUGAGGAGGAGCAGGUCAUGCAGACCAUCUACAGUGUGCUCAGAGAAGGGACCAGUGAGAGGGACUCAGUCAUCAGACACAAAGUCAGGGUGAUCUUCCAGAAGAUCCAGGGACUCAAGCCCAGUGAGAGCUCUGGUGAGGAGUGGAAGAGAGAAAAGAGGGAUCUGGAGAGGAAGAUGAUGGAGCUACAGACCUCUCUACAGGAGGAGAGGAGGGGCUCUGUGGGCAGCUCUGACCCUGUGUUAAAAGCAGAGCUGGAUUCAUGUCUGGAUGAGAACAUGCAGCUCCAGGAGACUGUGGACAGGAAGAAGACUGAACUACACCAGACACACUCUGAGCUGAGUCAGUUGCGUAUGGAGAGAGAGAGUGCUGAGUCCAGAGUCAGAGAUAUGGAGGACCGACUGGGCGAGCUACAGGAGGAGCUGAGGACAGAGAACGGCAACAAGACGGACCUGGUGACUUGUCAAGCGUCUCUGUUGGAGGUGUCCAUGUUGAAGCAGAAGCUGGAGGAUUCUCUGAGACAGAGAGAGAGGGAGCUGACGGCCCUGAAGGGAGCUCUGAAGGACGAGGUGGCCACGCACGACAAAGACAUGGAGACACUUCGAGAACAGUACAGCACUGACAUGGAGAGACUGAGGAGUACCGUGGAGCAGGUCUCACAGUCUCAGGCGGGUAUCGAGUCAGAGCGGUUGCGUGUGAAUGCGUCGGUGCGUACUCUACAGCAGCAGCUGGAAGACUGCAGGGACGAGAGUGGCCACUGGAUGACGCAGUUCCACAAUACUAGAGAUGAACUACGGACCACCAAACAGGAGAUGCUGCAGGCUCGUCUGGAGAAAGAGGAGCUUGAGGAAGAACUGAAUGAAGUACAGGAGAGGGUCAACACCAUGAAACAGCAGAUACCAGACCCCAGUCAUACACACACACUCAACCAGGAGCUGCAGAGUUUGCGUGCCGAUCUGCAGCAGGCCCAAUCAGAGGCAGAGAAGAAAAGGGCGGAGCUCGAUAAAAAGGUAAUGGAGGUAAUCUCCCUGAAGAAGGCCAACCAGGAGCAGGAGGCGGAGCUCAAGUAUGAGAUGGACAGGCUGAGGGGCCAAUCAAAUCGAGCCAAAGAGGAUCUGGCCAAGGCCCAGGAGAGAACCAAACAGCUCCCUGACCCGUCGGUCGUGUCUGGCCUGCAGUCAGAGUUGACUGAUGCUCGUGGGGAGAGAGACCGACUGGGAGAGAAACUCUCCAGCACUGAGCAGGAGCUGCAGUCAAACACAGAGCGGCUGGCCAGAACCCAGACAGAACUAAACGCUCUCAGAGACUCACAGCAGGAGCAGGAGGCAGCUAACACACGCCUCCGAGAGAAACUCUCACGCCUGGAGUCUCAGCUGGCUUCCAGUGCAUCAGAGAGUUCGGAGGCAGAGCUGUCCCUCCAGGCGGAGUUGAGGGGGUUGAGGCAGGAGCUUGACGAGGCCAGGAGAGGAGCCUCUCGGCUGGGCCAGGACCACCGGCAGCUCAGUCUGCGUCUGGAGGACAGGGAGAAGGAGAGGGACCAGCUCACACAGACCAACACACAGCUGGAGCAACAGAGGAGACAGCAGGAGCGGUCCCUGGACAAACUCAAUAAGGAGUUUGAGUCUCUGUCCCAGUCGUCUGGUGAAGAGGUGCAUGUUCUCAGGGCCCAGCUGGAGGAACAGAGAGAGAGAUCUCGCAGUGAGACACAGGAGGCCCAGAGGCAGGGCAAUGACACACUGGUAGAACUGGAGAGGAGCCAGACCUCCCUCAAGAGACUGGAAGAGGAGGCGUCACGUCAGAAGAAGGAGCUGCUCUUUGUGGUUGAGGAGAGAGACAAUGUUCAGCUGGACAAGGAGCUGCUCACCAACCGCCUGCACCACCUAGAGGCUGAACUGGAGAACAGCAGGAGCAGCCUCACAGACAAGAGCAGGGAGCUCCGCAGCACGGAGGACAAGAUGAAACGACUGGAGCUGGAGCUGGAGGAGGAGAAGGGAUCUGUGGAGCUACUCACUGACAGAGUCACCAGGACCAGAGACCAGAUGGAGCAGCUGCGUUCAGAGCUGAUGCAGGAGAGAUCCUCCAGACAGGACCUGGAGCUGGACAAGAAUGCCCUAGAAAGACAUAUGAAGGAGUUGAAGACCAGAGUAUCUGAUAUGGAGGGUCAGUCUCGCUCCUCUGUAGGAGUGGCUCAGCUGGAGAGUAAAGUUCACGAGUUGGAGGAACGCCUCCACAGCGAGGAUAGGGAGAAGAACUCCAUGUUGUCGUCUCAGCGUCGCCUGGAGAAGAAACUGAAGGAGCUCAACUUUACCCUGGAGGAAGAGAGACACCAACACACAGAACAGAGAGACCAGCUGUCUCUGCGUGUGAAGGCUCUGAAGAGACAGGUGGAUGAGGGGGAGACCGAGGUAGAGAGGAUGGAGGGAUUGAGGAGGAAGGCCCAGAGAGAGAUGGAGGAACAGAUGGAACUAAAGGAGGCCUUACAGGGCAGAGUCACCGCGCUAGAGACUGAGCUCAAGAGGAAGGUGCAGCAGGCGCAGCGUCAGGCCCUGGACUCGUCGGCUCUGAGCUCUGACGAAGAUGAUGAAGGCCUGUACGACCCCUCCAGCAUCACGUCCAUCCUCACUGGGAGCAACCUUCACACCAGCUCCUGCUAGAGGGGGGAGGGAGGGGUAGUGACAACCUUCACACCAGCUCUUGCUAGAGGGAGGGGGGGGGGGGGGUAGUGGCAACUUUCACACCAGCUGCUAGAGGGAGUGGAAACCUUAGUAGUGGCAACCUUCACACCAGCUCCUGCUAGAGGGAGGGAAGGGUGGGUAGUGGCAACCUUCACACCAGCUCCUGCUAAGGGGGGUAGUGGCAACCUUCACACCAGCUCCUGCUAGAGGGAGGGAAGGGUGGGUAGUGGCAACCUUCACACCAGCUCCUGCUAGAGGGAGGGAAGGGUGGGUAGUGGCAACCUUCACACCAGCCUCUGCUAGAGGGAGGGAAGGGUGGGUAGUGGCAACCUUCACACCAGCUCCUGCUAGAGGGAGGGAAGGGUGGGUAGUGGCAACCUUCACACCAGCUCCUGCUAGGGGGGGGGUAGUGGCAACCUUCACACCAGCUCCUGCUAGAGGGAGGGAAGGGUGGGUAGUGGCAACCUUCACACCAGCUCCUGCUAGGGGAAGGGAGAGAAGGGUGGGUAGUGGUAACCUUCACACCAGCUCCUGUUAGGGGGGGGGGGGGGGGGUAGUGGCAACCUUCACACCAGUUCCUGCUAGAGGGAGGGGUAGUGGCAACCUUCAGUGUAGUGGUAGGAGGAGGAGAACAAGGGCUAUUCUGAGCACUAUAAAGGGAGAAGGAGGAGGAUAGAGGGACGGAGGAAGGUGGAUUAAAGGGUGUAUUUUAAGCACUACAGGGUUGGAGGGAGGGGGUUAUUCUAAGCACUUCAGAUAGACAUCUACUGUACACACAGGUACAAUACACUGGGACAGGUCUAUAGACCUGCUAUAAAAAUACUGUAUAAAGGAGGGAUCACAGGUUCAGGGAGGGGGGGGGGGGGGGAUCACAGGUUCAGGGAGGGAGAGAGAAAAAGAGAGGGAUCACAGGUUCAGGGAGAAGGAGAGGAUGAGGAGGAUGACUCACUGCGCUGGACAGUAGGCUCCUAGUAGUACUGAAGAGGAGGAUUGUGGGGGUGAAUAAGCUCCGAUGUCCAGGAGGAAUACAAGACAAUAAACAUGAAUACAGUAACAGAACACUAACACAUUCUACCCCUGAGAAGAACAGGCAGGAUGACUCGCUGUCUAAAGCACUUACAAUGACUUACAGGACUUAACAGCAAUACACUGUUGCACUCUUCAAUUUCAUCAUUACUCUGUGGUACUCUAUGGUAUGCUAUGAUACUGUAAUUAGUAUGGUGCUCUUUAAUACACAGAAUUACGCUGUGGUACUGUUUAAUACGGUCCUUAUUAUGGUUCUUUUCAAUACUCUAUUACUCUUAGUGAAAAGGAGUUUGGUCACAUGAUUACACUGACUGAAUAGUGAUAGAAGCAACCACACCAACAUGUACUGUGACUAUUUAACACUGUAGCUGGUUAAUGUCUGCUUUUACAGGGUGAACAGUGUUUCAUCUGAUCCUACUGGUGCCCUGUCACAUGGACCUGAUGCACAGCAAACACUAUUCCAUCCAGUCCUUCAUGGAGAUCUGAUAUGCAAGUGUACUUUUUAAAACACGGUUGGACCAAAUGCUGCCAGAUAUGAGAAUGAUGAACAAAUGUAGAUAGUUUUUCUAAUUCAUGAAAUCAACAAUAUUCUGCUGAAUGUGAUAUCAUAGUUAACAUUGUUUUAGAAACCAUAUCUGACAGUUUGAUUCCUAUUCUGCUGUAUGUCCUACUACUUGACUGCCUGCCACUACAGAUGCAUGUAUGGAGUUUGCUCUGAUACCAAUCAUCUCUCGCCAUUUCUUCACACACACACUUUACACAUUGUAUUUGUAGCAUCUGUGCACAACUUCUAUGCAGUCCUUACAAUUAAUACUCAGAGAAGCUUGUGAAGAUCUUAAUCACUAUGCCUUAAAAGUUGUUUAAAUGAUUUUGUAAUGCAUGGUUUUCAGUUGUACUUGUUCCGGUGUACUCUGGAUAGAUUUUUCUAAAUGAUUUGUUUAUAUUUAAUUGGUUUUGGGGGAGAUCUGAGGGCUUGCAUUUUCAUUCAGUGAUACAGUAGUUACCACUGUAAGUGAUAUUGCUGCAAUGUUCAUAAAUCUUUCAGUUGGCUUGAAAUAUUUUCUAUAGAAUAUGGUGCUCUAGUGUGUCUUAUACCCUACACAUACAGUACAUACUGUUUAGUAUAUAUGAAGCACUAGACUACCAUACUGUAUGGCUUUGUAACUGAGUACAGAAGGUGGUACAUGAUUACUGAUUAGUCAUUUUACGCUGUGAAUUUGUACUUCACAAUACCAAUCUGUUUUCUAUUGAAUUAAAUAUUGCGUAGCAAUCGAAGUCCAA